CUCAUUUUCCUCAUUCACCCUUCUUAGUUAAAAAAAUAAAAAACAUGCCCUGUAGAUUUUGCAUAGAAAUAAUCUAAGUAGAUGUUUUUUUUUUUUGAUGUAUCAUAUAUAUCUUUUUUGCCCAUGUCCGAGCAAAGCAUGAAAAGAUACUACAUGGGAGGAGUUCUUUGGUUGGUGGCAAACUUUGGUAUUUUGUUAUCUUCUCGAAUCCUCAUCUGCUUCUGAUCAGCCAGAGUUUUUCUUUUUUUCCUUUGUUUUUGUUUGAGUGUUGUGAAGGCUGUUUUUGUCUGGUUAUAUUCUCUUCUUCUUUUGGUUUUAUAUUUUUCCUAGAUAUUCUUGGUCUUUAUGGAUAAUAUUCUUUAAUACGCAUAAUUGAGUAUAUUAUAUCUUGGGGUUUGUCUCAGAUCCAUUGUACACAGUCACAUGAUCAACUCUGAUCUGUAAUUCCAGAGUGGAGAGAAAGAGAACUGUUUGUUGAAAGCUCCUGGUGAACUAAAGAUGGAAGACAAAAAAAAAAGUUUCAUAAUUUCAGUAUUUUUUGAGGAAGUUCCAUCUACUGGUUUGCGUUGACUUUCUUUUUUUCCUUCUGCAGUUCUAGAGCUUUAUUGUCAAUGGUGGAUCAAGUUUUGAGCUUUUUAGUGGGAAUCCUUAAUUGGGUAUAAAAUAUUAGAAUCCUUUUGUUGGUAAGAUUUUGGAUCUUGUGGAGAAGAGUAAAAGAGUUGGGACUUCAAAUUGCUUCAUGGGUUUCUCAGAUUUAGCAUCAUGAGAACUUUAUUUAGUGUUUUUAGUUGAAAUAAGGAAAGAAAGAAUAGAGAACUUAAAUUUUGAUGUAUCAUUUUGAAGCUUAAAGUAGCUGAAUUAUGCAACAUGGGUAGUAGUAGUAAGACCAUAGUUUGGUUUAGAAGGGACCUAAGAAUUGAGGACAAUCCUGCUUUAGCAGCUGCUGCUAAGGAGGGUAGUAUUCUUCCCGUCUACAUAUGGUGUCCUAAAGAGGAAGGGCAGUUCUAUCCGGGUCGGGUGUCGCGGUGGUGGCUGAAGCAGUCUCUAGCCCAUUUGGAACAGUCUCUGAAAUCCCUUGGGGCUGAGCUUGUGCUAAUCAAGACCCAAAGUACUUUGGAGGCUCUUUUGGAGUGCAUCAAAGCCACUGGGGCUACCAAAGUAGUGUUUAACCAUCUUUAUGAUCCUGUUUCGCUUGUUCGUGAUCACAACGUUAAAGAAAAGCUUGUGGAGCUAGGUAUUUCUGUGCAAAGCUACAAUGGAGAUCUGCUGUUUGAGCCAUGGGAAGUAUAUGAUGAUAAGGGUCUUGCAUUUACAACCUUUGAGGCAUAUUGGGAGAAGUGCUUUCAAAUGCCAAUGGAACCUGUUUCGCUUCUUCCUCCAUGGAAAUUGAUACCAACUACAGGAACAAUUGCAAAGUGUUCAAUCAACGAAUUGAGUCUCGAAGACGAGUCAGAAAAAGCUAGCAAUGCCUUAUUAGGAAGAGCCUGGUCUCCAGGUUGGAGCAGUGCAGAUAAUACUCUAACCGAGUUUAUUGAGGAGCACCUUCUCAACUAUUCAAAGAAUAGGCUAAAAGUUGGAGGAAACUAUACAUCACUUUUGUCUCCAUAUCUUCAUUUCGGGGAAUUAAGUGUGAGAAAGGUAUUCCAAUCUGCUAGAAUGAAGCAGAUACUGUGGACAAAGGAAGGGAACUCCACUGGGAAAGAGAGUGUGAACUUUUUUCUUAGGGCCAUCGGUCUAAGAGAGUAUUCUCGUUAUCUUUGUUUCAAUUUCCCAUUCACCCAUGAGAGAUCGCUUCUUAGCAACCUGAAAUUUUUCCCAUGGCAACCGAAUACUGCUCAUUUUAAGGCUUGGAGACAGGGUCGAACGGGCUAUCCAUUGGUUGAUGCCGGAAUGAGAGAGCUCUGGGCAACUGGGUGGAUACACAACAGGAUUAGAGUGAUUGUUUCAAGUUUCUCAGUGAAAGUUCUUCUUAUUCCUUGGAGAUGGGGGAUGAAGUAUUUCUGGGAUACUCUUUUGGAUGCAGACUUGGAAAGUGAUAUCCUGGGUUGGCAGUAUAUAUCAGGAAGCUUACCAGACGGUCAUGAACUUGAGCGCUUGGAUAGUCCAGAGCUUCAAGGCUCAAAAUUUGAUCCAGAAGGGGAAUAUGUGAGGCAUUGGCUACCUGAGCUAGCGCGAUUGCCAACUGAGUGGAUUCAUCAUCCAUGGGAUGCACCAGAAUCUGUGCUUAAAGCUUCAGGAGUAGAGCUGGGAUUAAACUAUCCAAAACCUAUAAUUGAGAUUGAUUUGGCUAGGGAACGUUUGACCGAGGCUAUAAUGAGGAUGUGGGAACUGGAAGCAGCAGCAAAGUCCGCUGAAUCAAAUGGCACGGAUGAAGAAGUCGUCGACAACUCAGAUCGUAUAGAAAGUUCAGCCAUCCCAAAGGUGGUCUUAAAGGGAAGGGCACCAUGUCAUACUGUUUCAUCGAAUGAUCAGAGGGUUCCCUCAUUCCACAAUGCAAAUAACAACACACCUAAUAGGAAGAGAUCCAAAAGUAUACAAGAGGAAAAGCCGCCAAUACCCGAUAAUUCACAAAAUCUGGUAAAGGCUGGGACCUCGAGAGCAGAUGAAGACUUGUGCUCCACGGCCGAAUCUUCAUCGGCUAAGAAGCAGACAACCAGUGAUAAUUCGUUUUAUGUUCCUCAAUCGUAUUCCAUGUCAAUAGGCAACCCUUCCCAGGAGUGUGAAUCGUCUGGCAUGAUACGGCCAGGACAAGAACAUGUUGACAUGGAACAGAGUUCGGGCAAAGAUGGACUUGACAACACACUUUGUGGGGAUGCAUAUCCAUCUGACUCAAGGUUGCAGCCACAGUACCUAUGCUCUGAGAGGGGAGGAUAUUGACAACAUUAUCACUGAUAAUUUUCCUUCUGUGCAAAAGGAGAGUAUACAAAAGGGUUUUUUUUCAUGACGUUCCAUUGGAAACAGUCAAUAGUCUUAUCCUCAUUAGGUUAAAAUAUGUUUUAUGUUUCACUUAAUUGUUGGGUUUGGUCCACUAGAUGUGACUUUUAACAUAUCUAUAUCUAUAU